GAAGGUAACUGCCAUUAAUUGACAGCCCUAAUUAAUUUAUAUUUAAUUCAGACUUACCAUUUUGUUAAGCCUUAGAGUCAUAAUUUAAUCUUCCUGCUGUUUCAGCUUGAAGUAAUGUCAGUAAUCAAGGAGGGGACUAUUUUUAUGUUUUUGAGCUCCUUUUAAUGCCUUGGGCUCAUCAAGCAGGUGUUGCAUUUACAGACCUUUUUUUUCCAGUUUGGUGCUUUUUUAAAAUGUUAUUUUCUUUAGGUAAUCUGCCAUGCUGUUGUUAUUUUUUUUUAAAACACAAUGUGAGGUAUUAAUCUGAACACCUACAAGCAGAGAUUUAAGUUAGUAAGCUGUUUAUUUGAGCUGGCAAAGAGCAUUUUUAAAAGCAAUUUGUAGUCAUUCUGCUGGGUUAUUAAAAGACCUUAUGUAAAAACCAUGCGAUUGUAUGUUGAUGAUGCAGUUACCAUAUUUGGAAGUGCGAAGUUUGAGCAGAGCAUUGUUAUGUGUAGACAAGAUGUGAACCUCAGGAUGUCCUGGGGAAGACGUCACGGUAGCAACAGCUCUCGGCCGUGCAGUCACUCAAAAGGAGCGGAGGUUGUCCGAUGCAGUACAUUCAUAAAAAGAAAGGCUUUCGGAUUUUAACUUGGAGGAUUUUGCAACUUUGAGUUGGAAAUGUACAAGACGCUGAAAUCUGCAGGAAACCUAUUUUUUUCUCUAAUUUGUUUUUGAGGACUUCAGUGUUUUAGAGCACGCCUUCCUGCAACAGGAAAAGUGAAGUCAAGAUGAAGAAAGCGGUCUUGCGUCUUCCAUAAACACACAUUCAAACACACAAAAUCCACUUCAGUUACCAGUAAGGUCUGCUUACAAGUGCUUAUGGUUGACUGACUUAGGGACCAUGUUGCACAGUUGCAUUUGAAAUCUCGGCAGGAAAUUGAUGCUUUACAAGAUUGCAGCCGGAGAUGAAAAGUGAUGCCAUUAACAAACCUUUGCUCAUUAGGGUUUUGCUAACAUUCCCACCAGUAUGUUAAGUUCUUUUCACAAAUGUGUUGAUAUUAAUAGUGACCUGUGCUACUCACUGAAUUCUUUAGAUUGUAAAACAGUGGAGUGUUCAUAUCCUGUAAUAAACAGCUGAUAGCAGUGAUUGUAAAACCUGAAGCAGACUUUUUAAUAACAUGAUUACACCUCUUGACUGAUAAGUAUUUUAUAGAUGAGGGUAGAUACCAUACACAUUCAAUCAAACCGUAUCCAAAAUAUGCUGGUGAUGUUUUUGUGUUACGUUAGCUGGUUUUGUUUCUGUGUUUUAUAAGAAUUUUUACCACCCAAAGUGAUGUAGCUGUGAGUGUUAUUUUGUUUGAAAGUAAAGCUGUGUUGGUUCUCUCGGUCUCCUGUGGUUUAUCACUCUGUUACAGGUGUCAAUUUCAAGGAAGUGAAUGAAGACAACAAACGAGAAAUAUUUUCAUCUAUUGACACAUUGGCUUUUACCUUUGGCAAUGUAGUGUCUGAUUUCCUUAUGGGCGAUGUGGACAGCGGUUCGGCAUUGGGGCUUCCCCAGACUCAGAGAAGUCGGUCUUUUGAGAACCUCUCGGUGGAGUCGGGAGGAUUACUUGCUGAGAAGGAUGAUCUUCAAGGUCAUCUUCGUGCAGAGGAAGUUGACAACAUGCUGCUGAAAAAUGACAGCGGGAUCGAGUCGGCCCUUCUGUACGCCAAGGCCUGGUCCAAGUAUACCAAAGAUGUUUUGUCAUGGGUGGAAAAACGGCUCAGCUUGGAUAUGGAGUGUGCAAAGAACUUUGUAAAAAUGGCUGAAUCGGCAAAAGCCCUUGUGGGUCAGCAGGAACACAUGCCAUUCCGUGAAAUCUACACCUCUGCCUUUCAAAAUGACAUUGAAUACAGCCAGCUCCUACUGCAAACAGCUACUGCUCUCCAAACAAACAGAUUCAUUCAGCCUCUUUUGGCCAGAAGGAAUGAGCUAGAUAAACUACGCAAAGAAAUCAAAGAACAAUGGCAGAGGGAACAAAAGAAAAUGCAAGAAGCAGAUUCAGCUUUGAGAAAGGCCAAGCUUUUGUACGACCAGCGUCACGAAGAAUAUGAAAAGGCCAAAUUCUUGACAAUUCGGGCAGAGGAGGAGCAGCUUGGUUUGAAUGGAGGCCUUAGUAAAGAUGGCAGCAAAGUGCUGGAGAAGAGGCGUCGCUUAGAGGAAGAGGCUCUUCAGAAAGCUGAUGAAGCCAGUGAGCAAUAUAAAAACUGCAAAGCUGAUUGCAGUGAGAAGAAAAUCAAUCUGGAAAAUGUGAAAAGUGAAAUCUUGACACAACUCCGGGAACUGGUCUUCCAGUGUGAUCUCACUUUGAAAGCGGUGACGGUCAACUUGUUCCAGAUGCAGCAGGGGCAGGUGGUUUCUCUUCCAGUGAACUACCAGUCCCUGUGUGAAAGUGCCAAGCUGUAUGAACCUGGGCAGUGCUACUCUGAGUUUGUCAAGAGCCUGCCAAAGGAAGAAAGCACGCUGGAGUCCUUCUCUUUUGAGACACAGAUGUCCCAGACUGGAGGGCUGCAGUUUGGUAAAAGAACAGUGAACAGUGCGCAUUCUUCACAUGGAAACCUGUCGCAGAUGUCGGUCACCUCUGGAGAUUUUCAGUCUGUCGAUGACGUAGAUAUUCCAGUCUACAUGCGCACAGGGAAGAUAGGAGAAACGAGAUCCAACAGCAGCACUGACAUCCAAGCACUAAGGGGGCAAGGGCCGUUCCGCGCCUGGCCGACUGGCAGUCAGGGAGGGGGGAUGUGCAGUGACUCAGAAAGUGCAGGUGGGAGCAGUGAGUCCAGAUCCAUGGACUCCCCUACCACCAGCCCAGGAGCUUUUAAAAGAAGGCUGCCAAGAACCCCAUCCACAGGCACCAUGUCCUCGGCAGAUGACCUUGAUGAGAGAGCGCCACCUUCUCCUUCAGACAAUGGUAUAAACGAUAUUAUAUCUGAAAUGACACGCUCCCCAGGACCCUUCCGGAAUGUGCUCCUGUCCAAGGCCGCACAAACCCACAAGCUCAGAAAGCUGAGAGCUCCUUCAAAGUGCAGGGAGUGUGACAGCCUUGUGGUGUUUCAGGGGGCAGAGUGUGAGGAGUGUUCGCUCGCUUGUCACAAGAAAUGCUUGGAGACCCUAGCUAUUCAGUGCGGCCACAAGAAACUGCAUGGUCGCCUCCAUCUGUUUGGGGUUGAUUUUGCUCUUGCUACCAAAAAUAACCCAGAUGGAAUACCCUUUAUAAUCAAAAAGUGCAUCACUGAAAUUGAAAACAGGGCUCUCAACAUAAAGGGUGUUUAUCGGGUAAAUGGAGCUAAGUCAAGGGUUGAGAAGCUUUGCCAGGCAUUUGAGAACGGGAAGGAUUUGGUGGAGCUUUCUGAUCUAUAUCCACAUGACAUCAGCAAUGUGCUAAAACUGUACCUGCGACAGCUCCCAGAGCCAUUAAUUUUGUUUCGUCAUUAUAAUGAAUUUAUUGGCCUGGCCAAAGAGAGCCAGCAGGUCAACACUGAGGAUGUAGAUGGGCGAAUGAACAGCCCUGGCGCAGAGGAGCCUUACCUGAGCAUUGAGUUGAACCGAAUUAUCUUCAAAAUCCGAGACAUGUUGAGGCAGCUGCCCCGGUCCCACUACAACACUCUGCAGUACCUCAUAGGACACCUGUGCAGAGUGGCAGAAAAACAGGAAGAAAACAAAAUGACAGCCAGCAAUCUGGGAAUCAUUUUUGGGCCCACGUUAAUCAAGCCAAGGCAGACGGAUGCCGAGGUUUCACUCUCUUCCCUUGUGGACUACCCCUACCAGGCUCGGAUUGUGGAACUGCUCAUUUUGCACUAUGGAAAAAUCUUCGAUCUCUCUUUAAGCCCUUUGUCAGCCUCGCCUCCAGCUGGAGAGAGCUCACCAUUUGAGCUGAAAAGAACGAACUUCUCAGCAGAGGAAAAAGAACAACAUCUAAAGAGGCACUCCAAAUCAUUAGUGGACAUCAAAGAACAGAGCUCUAAAGUAUAUAAAAGGCAUUCUUCUAUAAUCCCAUCUACUCAUUUGACGGAUGAAGUAAAGGAUGUGAAAUACAAACCAGGUGCAAGAGAUUCUUCUGCUGCUAUGUUUGAGAAUUCUGAGAAAUUCCCAUCAGAGCCCAGUCUUCAAGAGGGGCAGAAAUCGGCUUUUAGCAAAUCGAAUCACAAUGUAGCCAAAGUUCAAAUGAGACCUGCACGAUCCAAACUAGCUUCUCGACCCAUUAGCAUGCCGGGAGAAAGACUAUUAAAUCCUUCUCAGCUAAAUGAGAAGAAUUCCAGAAAUGUAAAUGAGCGAGACAGGAGCCCCACAAUUGAGGAAACUUUAGACAGAACAAAGGCAUGUUCUACAUACUGCCGGAAUUCUUACUAUGACACUCAGUCUCUGAGGAGAACAUGGGACAGGCAGUACAAACAUUAUAAUAUCACACCCAGGACUGCUAUGAUUAUGGCAAAUGUACCCAAGGAAAGUCGGCAAAAUGACACCCUCUCUGUCUCUUCAUCAGCAAGCUACAAUCUUGGGAGCACUUCUGGGAAUACUAUGCGCUCCAAUAAGCCAUACACUGCAGCCAUUAGGCCAGUACAGACAGCAAAAAAAGAGGCUAGUUCUUUCGAUGGCUAUCCUGCUUCUUCUGGCUUCAGAGCACCGAGAACCUUGCAGCCUCCUCCAGGGACUUUCUACAAACCUCCUAUUAACCGAGAUAAACAAGCUGCAGAUUUAGUGCCAAAAACAUAUGCUGCAGCCACAAGUAACUCUAAGACUGGGCAGGGUGACUCUGUGAAAAACCCAAACGACUGUGACACCACAUCCAGUGUUUCAUCUGCCCAGCUGCCCUCUCCCAACUCCAGCCCUGAAGAUCUGAGCCAAAGCGAUACCAGGCCGGUUUAUCAAAGACUGCGGCCCAGGCGCCUGCAAGAGUUAGAAAACAGGGAAGCACAUUUUGUCUAACUGUUAGUGAAAUACAUUUUUUUGCAAAUACAUUUUUAUAUGAAUGCAGUUUUGUGCCAUAUUGUAUAUGAAAUGGACUACUUUUAUUAUUUCUUGGAGAAAGUUUGCAAAAAAACUGUGAAUUUAGCAGUGGGAAGUGUUAAAUCUAUAAUAUAUUCCUUGAUAUCUUUUGAGUUAUAUUAUUAUACAGCAGUUGGUGCUGUUUGGAACAAUAGCAGCUUCUGAUUUCAAGCAGGGCGCACUUAGUGUAGAAAAUUGUAUAUUUGUUGGUUAUUUAACACUUGGCUGUUUUUCUCUUUUGGUUACCUGAAAAAUGUUUUUAUGUAAUUUCAUAACUAUUUUCUUCUUUUUCAUUGCAAACUGUAAAUUGUACAUUAUAAAAGAACAUUGUAAAGGACACAUUUAAUUUUGUAAGGCUCAUAUAACCUUUUUUAAAGCAAGCUGGGCAAGUUGAAAUUUUGAGCUUGUCUAUUUUAAUGCUGUGCAAUUGAUCUUUCACUUUAAUACAUUAAAGGUAAUACUGAACAAAACUCCAGCAGAACAGAGUUGUUGUAUAAAGGUUUUUGUAUGUUUUCAUGCCAGUGUUUGUUACAUUUGUUAUAACUGUGUAUGUAUUGUCACUUUAUCUUUAUGACCAGUGUGAUGCACUUGCAGGGUCUAGCUCAUAAUCCGCAGCCUCAAUGCCAUUACACACCAGACGCAAUACGAUUUUUCAUCGGGCGACAAGAUACUUUCGAAAUGACAUGACUAUACACACCCGAAUUAACAUAGAAGAUGCCACAGAUUGGAAAACUGCCAGAUCCAAACAAUUAUUGAAAAUUGCUAUUGACAAAACUAUGCGAUCAAGACUGGUACAUAUUCAUCAACAUCAUAUGGAAAUCAGAGUGUCUUUUCUGACGGUAUUUCGAUAUGUAUGGCAAUAAAUCAUACAAACCAGACAUAUCCAGUUCCUUUGACUCCAAUAUAUUAUCUUUCAUCUCUGUUUAUAAUUGUGAUGGUCUUUGUCAUAAAGCUCUGGGUAUUCUUCCACAAUAUUAUUUCCUCUUUGUCAUUUUGGAUACUGCUUCAAACUGCUUGACCAUGUGCACGAAGCUGUUCUCUGAUUGCUUAAUUCCCUAGUUGUCUCAAGAAGAAAACGCAAAAAAUAGGAUUCAGUCAUGUUUAUUUCAUGUUGCCCCCGUGUCGCCUGUCCUGUGAAAGAUACUUAUCAAAAGUAUAGGUUCUAGUCAUUUGAUCGCAUCGCUGCACAUUAUUCACUUGUUGCAUUGUGUCUGGUGUAUAGUGGGCCCUUAGUCUAGUCAUAGCAGUUGCACGUUAAGACACCCAUAUUACAUACUCAAUUUAUCUUCAUAACUGCCAUAGACAAUAGGUUAAAACAAAUGCAG